UAUAUUAAAUUAUUAAAAAGAAAUAAAAUGUAUGUAUAAAAAGGGCCAUAAAGAAGGUAUAGUUUUCAUAUUGAAUAUGAGCGAGUCUACAGUAACCGUUCUUCAAGGUGAGAAGGAUUUGGAGCAAUUGGAUGGAAAGACUAAACUACGAAAAUGGCUCAAUAUGAACUUCAGAAUAGAAAUGACUGACGGAAGGGUACUUAUAGGUGUAUUCCUCUGCACCGAUAGAGAUGCAAAUGUUAUUUUAGGAGCCUGUAGUGAGUACCUCAAAAACAGUGAUGGCGAGACAGAGGAACCCCGAGUUUUGGGUCUAGUAAUGGUGCCUGGGCGUCACAUAGUAUCUAUACAACUGGAUGAUACACAGAAGAUGUCGUAUACUUAAUGAAAUAAACGAAUGAAAAAUUACAAA